AUGACACCAGCUCCCAUGGAUCCAUCUCCUCCUCAGGGCCAACAGCUACAGGGCCCAUUGAGUCAGUCAGCUGUGGAACAGGAAAAAGCCAUGUUCCAGCAUCUCAUUUCGGUGUAUGCUCCCCCUCAAGGACAGACACCGAAGACGAGCCGUGCUCCAUCCACCAAGCGUCCUCGACCGGGUCACCAGAAGGAGGAGACGGAAGAUGCAUUGAUGCCGGCAGCGGGCUCGACAGACGACCCCUUUCGUCAGGGUCAGCUGAACCCACGAGGUCGCCAUCCCAAAGGGUGGUCCAAGGGUGGGAGGAGCAAGGGUCUGGGAAAGGGUCGAGGCAAGGGCUUCGGCAAGUCAAACUACAGUGGUCCCUCACAGGAAGGAGGCCCCUGGAGUGCGGAGGUGGAUUACUACUCCAUCGAUCGCGAGUCCAUGAUGGGUCAAAUGGCUCGCAUGUUGAUCCGCCACGAGAGGCAACUGCAGUCCCUUCAACAAGAUCAGAAGCUUCACUUGUUUCUGCGUCCGGCAUCUGCAGUUCCGCUGAUGGUCAAGGUCGCUCGGACCUGGCGAGAGCUGAUGGACGCUGGGAAAGUUCGCUCCUCGCUUCGGGAAACGAUGCUUCGCGAGCUGAUACAAGAGCUCAAAAGCCGUAUUCAGGGGUUCAAUGCCAGGCCAGAGAUGAAGGAGAAGGCUAUGCAGAUGAACUGGACAGACAGUCAGGGGGCGUGGAACUAUCUCAGAUGGAAUCCCGAGACCCAGAAGGAGGAGCUGGUUCCACAGGUGGAGAGCCGUACCACCGGGCAGAUCCUGGAGGAUCUACAGGCAAUCGAGAAUCUGAUCAAUGGCACCACGAUCAGGCACUUCGGAUCAGUUCGCCCCUUUCGCCAGCAUUACGAGACAAGCUGGGUCCAAUUCACACUCGAGAUCGAACUUCGCACCGAUGGCGACAUUCUCUGGAAGCACUUCAAUGCGCUGAUAAACUCCUCGGUGCUGCAUCUUCUUGCGGCCCGUCUUCGGCGGGACCGACGGAUUCCCUCGGGGAUCACUCAGCUGCAUCUCAUUGGCUGUGAUCUCCUUGCUAUUCGCCUCCUCAAUCCCACUUCCAGCACUUGCUACAUGAAUAGCCUGCUGAUCUUGGCAGAUUGCAUGGGGUAUAUGAUGCCUUACAACAGCACUCAGGCCGGCUGGAUGUUAGCAAGCACAUGCAUUGGAUCAUGCUUAUCAGUCCGUGGUUGCAACCUUUUCGGCAACACGAUGUGGCUGAGUUUGCUCAGCACCUUGUGCGUCGUCUGCGUAUUCCUGCUUUUCAGGGAUGCUGGCAUGCUCGACGUUUUGAGGUUCAAUGCUGAGGGAAGGGGCAAGUGGAAGCGCACAGUGAAGAGCUUACACCAGAUUCUACAUGUACUGGAGGAUGUCAUGAUUCCCAUAUUUGCGGAUGUGGAUUCCCUUCAGAACCUCCGUGUGGUCAUCUGUGAGGACAUCUCACCUGUCUCGUUAAGGGUCCCUUAUGGGAUUGAGGUGGGUGUAGGAGACUUGACGCUUCAGCUCAUAGACGAGUUGCUGCUCGACGCCGAGGACUUGUGCCGCCACAACUUCGGUCAUCACGUCGUGCAGUCCGUGCUUGAGCAUGGCCACGAGAGGCACCGCAAAAUCGUCGCCAAAGUUCUCGGGCGGGACCUUCUCGGCUUCGCGAAGCACCGCAAUGCCAGCUACCUGGUGGAAAAGGCCAUGUGGUACUGCGCGCCCGAG